UACAAACCGUUACGAGAGUACAUAUAUAUUACACAGAGCUCUUUCUUCACAAACCCAAACACACAGUCACGCACCGAACAGAAAGAGGGACAUCGGUGACACUGCCAUAGAGCUCGAAAAUUUAGUUGAACAAAAUGGUGGGAGAAGAGAAGAGGCAUCAGAUGAUGCAGAAUUUGUUUGGGGAUCAGUCGGAGGAAGAGGAAGAAGAGGAGGUUGAGUCUGAGCACGAGUCUAAUCGGCAGCCUGGCAAUGCCUCCGAAGAAGGGGAUGAAGGGCUGGAGCCAGAGGGCGAUGGGGAAGGUGAAGGUGAAGUAGAAGGUCAUGGGGAGGCAGAAAUAGAAAGUGAUGGUGAACUACAAGAUGUGUAUCACGAGCAUGGUGAAAGUGAAGGUGAGAGAGAUCAGAGUUCGCAGGAUGUUGAUGUUGGUGAUCAUAGAGAAGAAAGUGGAGAAAAAGACUCAGAUAGUGACGAGAAAAUCGAGUAUGGUCAAAGAGCUGCAACUAGCAGGAAACGUGACGCAAUAAAUAGCGGAUCAGAAAGAUCUGAGGAGAACAAUUAUGCUGAUAAUGAAGAUGAGGAAGUGAAUCAGGGUAGAGCAUCUAGGUCGCCUAGUCAAGAGAAAGAUGACGCUGAUUUCUCACGUUCAGCGCCAGAAAUCCGUGAUGUUUUUGGAGAUUCUGAUGAUGAAGAACCGCUGGAGUAUGAAGUUCAAAACCAAAAUGAAGAUGAGGCAAAUAGAUCCCCUAUGGAAGAGGAAGACUUUGAUAAGGAACUUAAACCAGAAGAUAUGCUAGCGGAUGAGGAGGGUCAAUAUGAGUCUGAGGAAGAGCAUGUUGAGGCUAAAAUAAAGGAAAAGCCAGUUGGCCCUCCAUUGGAGCUGGAAAUUCCCCUGCGUCCUCCUCCGGCUCAUCCUGAUAAGAUGAACAUGAUCAAGGUAUCUAAUAUAAUGGGCAUUGACCGAAAGCCUUUUGACCCCAAAACAUAUGUUGAAGAGGAUCAUUUUGUGACAGACGAAUCUGGAUCCAAGAGACGGAUCCGCUUAGAAAAUAAUAUUGUUCGAUGGAGGAAAGUGACAAAUCCCGAUGGCAGUAAAUCUAUUGAAAGUAAUGCACGCUUUGUGAGAUGGUCUGAUGGCAGCUUACAGUUGCUCAUAGGGAAUGAAGUUCUUGACAUAUCAGUUCAAGAUUCACAACAUGACCAAGCACACCUUUUCCUUAGACAUGGAAAGGGAAUCCUUCAAUCACAAGGGAGAAUUCUGAAGAAAAUGAGAUUUAUGCCCUCUUCUUUGUCAUCCAAUUCUCAUCGACUAUUGACUGCUUUAGUUGAUUCACGGCAUAAAAAGGUCUAUAGAGUCAAGAAUUGCAUCACCGACAUUGACCCUGAGAGGGAGAAGGAACAAAAAGAGAAGGCGGAGAGUCAAACAAUUAGAGCUAAUGAAAUUCUCAAUAGAAAGAAAGAAAAGGUGGCUCGCAAAUAUCCGCCAAUAGUACGCAAAGAGCGCCAACUCUCGCCUGGUUUCUUAGAGGACGCCCUUGAAGAGGAAGAUGAAGAUUAUUUUGAACCUCGGCGCUCGUCUAAUCGCCGUCGCUUUGAGGAUGAUCUAGAACUUGAAGCUCGAGCUGAAAGGCGUAUUAUGAAUGCAAAGAAGGGGAACAAAGAUAUAUUCCGGAAGUCAUCAAUGACUGCACCAAAAUCAUCCAGACAGCGGUUGGAUUAUUCAGAAAGCGAAAAGGACGAGUCUGAAUAUGAAACUGAAGGGGAAGAAGAAGAGAGGUCUCCAGGACGUGGGGCAGAGGAUAUGGAGGAGGAUUUUGAAGAACAGGAGGCAGAGGAUUAUUCAGAGGAAGAGGCAAAUGAGCUUUCAGAAGAGGAGGCAGAGGAGCCAAAGAGAAAAAUGAAGGAAAGUGGAUCAAGUCUCAAGCGAAAAGCGAUUGAGUCUGAUGAAGACUCUCCUCCAAGGAAAGUUGCACCUCAGCGUCGGAUGGCGAUGGUUAUUAGUGACGAAGAGGAUUAACCUAUCCUGUAGGAUACUGCAAGAGAAGGUACUUUGCGGAUAGAUAUCAGUCAAAGCGAAUCAAUGCUGGAGAUCCGUGUGAGUCAUUACUUAAUUUCAGAUGCUGACAUCAAAAGCUUUCACAUCUCAGUGGCCACAUGCUAAGAAGUUUCCAAGCGUUGGAUGUAAAGGAUAUAUGAGUAGCGAGGGAGAAACUUUUAUAGUAAUUAUUCCUUUGUUUUACAUUAGUAAAUUAACCUCAUUUACAACAUGUAACUUGGUAUUUUUUGAGGUGAAAUAAAAUUUUUACCCCGAUAUUUUCUUUAAUAACAUUUUUCGAUUUUGUUAAUUUAAGUGGUGAAAACUCCUUUUAAAUUAGGUUUCUGGGAGUUUUAUAUGGUUUUUCUAUUCAUCUGGC